AUGUUUUUUAAGGUGUGCUCACUCCUCGAACUUUGAGCUGGCACCAAAGACAACGUUCCCAGUAACUACCACACACAAGCAAGACAGAACUAUGGAAUGCACAAAGAAGCAUAAAUGAUGGGUGACACUGCCUUUUGGAUACUGAAAUAUUCUUUAUAGUCCACAAAGCUUUAGCAGACAUUUCUCAUGGACUGAACUUCUGGGGCAAGUGUUGAGAUAAGAAUUUCAACAAGGAUCUACCAAAAAAUUGCAAAUGCUUUUUAAUAUUCCAUAUCAAGCUAUAAUUUCCUUUGUUCUACUUAUCAUACAGUGCUGCUUUCAGAAACCUGUAAGUUGUAUGAAUAAGCACAGUACAGAUUAAGUGGGUAAUCAAUCAGUCUUCAAUAAUUAUUUCUUCCUCUAGGACUGCUUUUGUGUUUUUUUAAGCUUAUUUGGAACAUCUGAAACUAAAGAUGCACUUUGACGACAUUCUUGUUGAAAUAGGGGAGUUCGGGAAGUAUCAGAUAAUAUUGUUAAUAUGGAUCUCAAUACCAGAGUUCUUUCUUGCAUUUCACAUGUUAGCCACCGUUUUCACUGGAGCCACGCCAUUUUUCCAGUGCCACCACAUUUGGGAAAACAAUGACCUGGGGCUAUCUAACUUCACCACUGAUGUGCUGCGGAACCUCAGCUCGGAGCUGGAUGCUUGCUCUACAUUUGACAUCAGUAACUUACGACAUGCAGGGCAUAAUGCUGCAGAUUUUGAAACCAUAAAGAGAAACCUGACAACAGUUGCCUGUGCAAAGUGGAACUAUGCCACCGAUAUAUUUGAAAAUACAGUAGUCACUGAGUGGGAUCUUGUAUGUGACAACGCUAGCCUGAACAAUGCUGGCUCCUCCAUCUACAUGCUGGGAGUCCUUUCAGGAGCACUUGUGUUUGGAGCUUUGGCAGAUAGGUAUGGACGACGUGCCAUAAUCCUUUUCUGCAUGCCGAUGCAGGCAGUAAUUGGGCUGAUAAUAGCUUUUGCCCCCAACUUUUAUGUUUAUGUCAUCAUGCGCUAUCUCUUGGGGGCUGUAACUCAGGGAGCUAUGAUGAAUGUUUUUGCACUAGCAACUGAAUGGACUGGCCCCAAGCGACGUGUGGUUGUUGGCAUUGUCACAGCCUACAUGUUUGCCUUUGGAUGCAUGCUUCUUGCCGGCAUUGCCUACUUCAUUCGAGAUUGGCGUAAUCUACAGCUUGCCAUCUCAGUGCCAGGAAUUCUGUUUAUUACCUAUUUUUGGCUGCUUCCAAAAUCUGCCCGUUGGCUUCUAGCUAAGAAUCGCACCACAGAAGCUUUAGAUCUGUUGAAGAAAGCUGCAAGCAUGAAUGGAACGAGCCUCCCAGACAGUGUGCUUCAGUAUGCGGCAAAAACUCAAAUUGAAGUGUGUAAGAAGAAACCAGAGAAAACUUACAGCAUGCUCGAUCUUGUUCGAACUCCAGAGAUGAGAAAAAGAUCCUUUGUUCUCUUCUACAUCUGGUUUGUGAAUGUGCUUGUGUACUAUGGUCUGUCUUUGGGAGUUUCUGAUUUUGGAGUGGACAUCUACUUAACUCAACUCAUUUUUGGCUUUGUGGAGAUCCCAGCUCAUAUUAUUGUUACUUUCUGCCUCCCGUAUUCCAGAAGAAUCACUCAGAUUGCCCUCCUUGCUCUAGGUGGUGUAACAUGUUUGCUUAUACUUGCUGUACCUGAAGAUCAUCCGAAUGUGAUAACUGGCCUUGCAAUUGGAGGAAAGUUCAGUAUUACUGCCACCUUUGAUAUCGUGUACCUCUACACAGUCGAAAUCUUCCCAACGGUUAUCAGGCAGAGAGGGAUGGGUACUUCCUCCAUGUUUGCUCGGGUAGGAGGUGUCCUGGCUCCUUUGAUAAACAUUGUCCGACUCUACAGCAGUGCUGCUCCAAUGAUUAUCUUUGGCUGCACACCUCUGCUUGGCUCUGCACUGGGAUUUCUGCUUCCUGAAACAGCUGGUCGAGCUCUUCCAGAAACUAUUGAAGAUGUAGAGAACUGGACAAAAAGGCAAGUUAAAGACCCUGAACAGGAUGAAGAUAAGUUCAUACCUCAGUGGGAUGAUACAAAACAAAAUAUGGAUGCCUCUCUGCCCUUGGCAGAAAAGACAGGACCACUGUUUGAUUCACCCCCAGUGAUAAGGGCAGAUAUCGCAAAGCAGACUGCACUUUAGUUUUCUCCACCCACCUAGAAUGUCUGCUGCAAAUUCAGUUAGCAUUGUUUCCCACAGGCCAUCUUUUAUAACGAAUGACAUUAUUAUAAAGCAUUACACAGGAGAUUAGCAAAGCAUACAAAUUGUGCAACAAUUCACAGAAAAUUGAUCAUCAGGUCCUCCAUGUUAAUGGGUGGAUUUAAAUGAUCAUGGCCUCAUAGUAUGUCAGCCUACUGAAAGAGUUUUGUACACAGUCCAGAAAUUACAUGUCCAUUAUGGUGACUCAGAAACCUUUGGAUACACAACUAGCUGUGUUUAGGAUCCUGUUAAAAUCAGGCUGGUAUUGUACAGGUAGAUAAUCAUCUGAACAAAACUGAUAAAUAAUUUAUGUAAUUCAUCAACUGUUAAAUUCCUGAAUAUUUUAAUAAAGUACCCCACAGGGGAAAAUUCUAUGAGUAA